AUGAAUUUUUUGUCGUUACUUCUGGUAGUCCUGGUGGCGUUGUCGGCCGUGCUGCCGAACGCCGACGCCGCUCCGUUUAAGAAGUUCAAGAAAUUCGGGAAAUUCGGGGGCGGCGGCGGCUUCGGCGGCGGCUUCGUCCGACCCGUGGUGAUCCACACCCCGGUGUUCGUCCAGCCUACCUACGGCUCUGGCUACGGCCUUGGCGGAGGAUUUGGUCACGGCGGCUUCGGAGGAGGCUUUGGAGGCGGCUACGGCUGGUGA